ACUGAUAGCUAGAUAGGAUAGUUGCCAUAUAAAGACCAUUACCACUAUUUAAUCAGACUUUCAGCUAUCCCAUAUUGGACAUCAGCAGCAACAACAACUCUCUACAUCUCCAUGACUAGUAGUCCAGUCUAUCCGAGCUCUCCUUUCCCUCUUGAGAAGCUAAAAGAAGAGAUUAAGCCCCAGCUGCAGCAGCUCCUCCUUUCACCACAUCAUGAUCAUCAGGCUUCAGCUUCAACCUCCUCUCUCUCUAAUGCUCCUACUUGCUUCAAUAUGAUCCAUUCACACCAACAUGAUCACAAGAUGGAAAACUGUGAUGGAUCAAAGUGGAUUAUGUCAUCAAAGAUGAGACUGAUGCAGCAGAAGAUGAUCAUGAGCUCUGAUUGCACAACAACUGAUGAAGCUAAACCAGUGAAAUUCACACAAGCUCCUCCCCGUGAUCAUCACAACAAUAAUACUUCUUACAGCAGCAGCAGCAAUGUUAGGGUCUGCGCAGACUGUAAUACCACAACUACCCCUCUCUGGAGAACCGGACCUCAGGGUCCUAAGUCACUCUGCAAUGCCUGCGGGAUUCGACAAAGGAAGGCAAGAAGAGCCGCAGCAGCCGAGACCAAUUCACCCUCCGCAAAAGCUAAGACUAGUAAGCACAAGAAAUCGAGCAAGACCCAUGUUUCGUUGCAGUGCAAGAAGCAGAACAGACCUCCUGAUCAUCAUCAAAGCCAAAACAAGAAUCUUUGGCUAAGUUUGAGUAGGAAUUCCACUUUCCAAACAGUGCUUCCACAAGAUGUGGAAGAAGCUGCCAUCUUGCUUAUGGAACUAUCUUGUGGCACUUGAUUUUUUUUUCCCCUUUAAAAUUCGUUUGAUUUGGGUUGAGCAACCUAAUCUAUAUAAUUUCAUGUAUAUAACCCAGAAGACCUGGAUUAUGUCACAGUUUGCAUAUUUAAUUCCAGAGAGAAUAAGUUGCUGAUUUAAUUGGGAGAUAAUCUUCAACC